AUGACUGAUACUGGUGAGGGUGAAGAUGAAUUCCAGUUUCUACGAAUGGGAGAUGAGGUGGUUUUGCAGAGUACCUUCACAUCCAGGGAAGAACAUGUGAAAUUCUGUCUUGCUGCUGAGAGCUUUGGCAGUAGACUUUGCAAACUUGAACCCACCUCCAAUUGCAAGAAUGUUCCACCAGACCUGUCUCUAUGUGGCUUUAUCCUGGCCCAUUGUCUGUCUGUUCAAGCCCUGGAGGAGAUGUUGGCUCACAGCGAGAACCUGGCUGCAGGGGUGAGAGCCUUUUCUGCAGGAGGUGGAGGUGGCCAUCGCACCCUUCUCUACGGUCAGGCAGUGUUGUUCCAACACUCCUACAGUGGCAUGUAUCUCAGCUGCUUGUCCUCAUCUCAGGCUUCCACUGACAAAUUGGCUUUUGAUGUUGGUCUGCAAGACAAUAAAACAGGUGACUCAUGUUGGUGGAUAGUCCACCCAGCAUCCAGACAGAGGUCAGAGGGUGAGAAGGUCCGUGUUGGAGAUGACCUCAUACUAGCUCAGUGUGUCCUCUGAGAGGAAUAUCUGCACCUGUCCUUUAGUGCUGUAAUUGACAACAGAAGUCUGAGUGACAGUCUGGUUGUUAAUGCAGCUUUCCAGCAGACUCUCUGGAGCGUCACUCCCAUCUGCUCUGGAGGUGGAGUUGCUCAAGGAUACCUGAAGGGUGGCGACACAUUGCGGUUACUCCACAGCCACAGUGAUGCAUGUCUGACUAUUCCCUCUACAGAGCAGGGAGAGGAACUGCAGCGGGUAAUGCAUUAUGAGAUUGGAUCAGUAUCCAGCCAUGCCCGCUCUCUAUGGAGGCUGGAGGCUUUGCAUGUUGUGUGGAGUGGUCGUCAUACUCACUGGGGACAGCCCUUCCGAUUGUGUCACGUGACUACUGGCAGAUAUUUGGGUCUUACAGAGGAAAAUGGUCUGCAUCUGGUUGAUCGGGAAAAGGCUGAUAUAAGCACAGCCUCAUUCUGCUUUCGAUCCUCAAAGGAGAGACUUGACUGUGGCUCAAAGACUAAUGCUGAUGGAAUGGGAACCCCGGAAAUCAAGUAUGGAGACUCCAUCUGUUUUGUGCAGCAUGUUGAGUCUGGCUUGUGGCUCACCUAUCAAGCCACUGAUUCCAAGCAUGCUCGCAUGAUUGGCACACAGCGGAAGGCCAUUUUGCACAGCGAGGGCCAUAUGGACGAUGGGCUGACACUGUCUCGUUCUAAGAAAAAAGACUCUCACACUGCUCGAUAUAUCCGAAGUGCAGUCCAUCUCUUCGCGUGCUUUAUCAGGAAUAUGGAGAGUCCUAGUCAACAUGAAAACCUCCCACUAGUCAACCUACCGGUGGACUUGUUGACAUGUAGUCUGCAGGACUUAAUAAACUAUUUCCAACCUCCGCCAGAGGGGCUUGACCAGGAAGCUAAGCAGAACAGCAUGACAGUGCUAAAGAGUCGUCAGAACAUGUUUCAAGAGGAGGGUGUGAUUAAUCUGGUUCUGGAGUCUAUUGAACGCCUGCACCAACAAAGCAGUGCAUCUCAUUUUGGUGAAGCUCCACAGUGCUACACAGGAGAAGAGUGGGAGAACAUUCUCAAAUGUUUCUAUGAGCUACUCUCUGCUCUGCUCAGAGGAAACCAUGCAAGCUGUGCACAUUUCUCAAGUUCUCUCGACUGGCUGAUUAGCAGACUAAAUCAGCUGGAAGCUUCCACUGGAGUUCUGGAUGUUCUGCAUUGUGUCCUGGUGGAAAGUCCCGAAGCACUCAAUGCCAUCAAAGAAGGACACAUUCUUUCCAUUAUUUCUUUUUUAGAAAAGCAUGGAUGGAAUCACAAGGUGCUGGAGGUGCUGUCCUCUCUGUGUGUAUGCCAUGGUGUAGCGGUGCGAUCUAAUCAGAACCUUAUCUGUGACAACCUGCUGCCAGACAGAGACUUACUGCUGCAAACCCGUCUGGCUAAUCACGUCACCAGCAUGAGGCCAAACCUCUUUCUAGCUAUGGGUGAAGAUUCAGCCCAGCAUAGGAGAUGGUAUUACGAGCUGGUUGUGGAUCAUGUCAACCCCUUCCUAACACCUGUGCCCACCCACCUUCGUGUUGGCUGGGCUUGUACUCAGGGCUUCCAGCCCAGACCCACAGGAGGAGAAGGCUGGGGGAGCAACGGGGUGGGAGAUGAUCUCUGCUCCUACGGAUUUGAUGGACUUCACCUCUGGUCAGGGUGUGUGGGUCGCAGCGUGAGCUCUCCUUUCCCCCACCUGCUGAAAGACAACGACGUGGUCAGCUGCUGCCUUGACCUCAGUGCUUCCUGCAUCUCGUUCCGGCUAAACGGUCUACCUGUUCAGGGAAUGCUGGAGAACUUCAGUGCUGACGGACUGCUGUUCCCUGUGGUCAGCUUCUCUGCUGGAGUGAAGUUUCAUUUUCUGCUCGGGGGAUUGCAUGGGGAGUUUCGCUUUCUGCCUCCUCCAGGUUUUGCUCCGUGCUGUGAAGCUCUCCUUCCAAGAGUCAAACUAAAAGUGGAGCCUAGUCAGAGAUACAUCAAGCGUUAUGGAGAAGGGAAGCAAGAGCUGAUUGGCCCCUCAGCAUCAGUUACACCAGUUGUUUUUAGUCCUGCACCAGUAGACAUCAGCAAGGUGGCAUUACCCCCACAACUUGAGGAUAUCUGUGAAAAAUUGGCUGAGAAUACCCAUGAACUCUGGGUAAUGGACAAGAUUGAGCUUGGAUGGACACAUGGACCUGUGAGAGAUGCAAACAAGAAGCAGGAUCCAUGCUUGGCAGAGUUCUCCAUGCUGCCAGAGCAAGAGAGGAAGCAGAAGUUACAAAUGGCUGAGGACAUCCUCAAGACUCUCCUUGCGCUUCAUUUCCAUAUUGUCUUGACUGAUGACCAUGCUGCAGAAAGAGUCAGAUACAUAAGGCUUACUACCAAGUAUGAGCAGCAUCAUAGCUACAGACCUGCUCCAAUAGACUCCAGCCAAAUUAUCCUGAGCCCAGCCCUGGAAGAAGUGGUUCACCUUUUGGCAGAGAAUGAACACAAUGUUUGGGCCAGAGAGCGCAUAAGGCAAGGAUGGACCUAUGGAGUGCAACAGGAUGUGAAAGCCAAGCGGAGCCCAUACCUUGUGCCGUACAGCCUUCUUGAUGAAAGGACUAGGGCAGUGGGCAGGGACAAUGUCGGAGAAGCUGUGUGUACUCUCUUGGCUUAUGGCUAUAGUGUGGAACCCCUCAACCAGGACCAAACCAUGUUAUCAAACCCAUGUUUGUUCUCUGCUGAGAAGUGCCGGGUGUUCAGACCAGAUAAGAUGUAUGCUGUGACCCAGGGAAAGUGGUACUUUGAAUAUGAAAUUCUGACAGCAGGAAAUAUGCGAGUGGGUUGGGCUCAUCCAGGUUGUAUCCCAGAUAGAGAGCUCGGCUCAGAUGACCAGGCGUAUGUCUUCGAUGGACACGAGGCACAGUGGUACCAUCAGGGCGGUGAGCCUCUUGGACGUCCAUGGCAACGAGGUGAUGUCGUAGGUUGCUUGUUGGACAUAGAGAAAAGCACCAUGAUGGUCACAGUCAAUGGAGAAUUGCUGUUUAAUGACAGAGGAUCAGAGUUGGCUGCAAGAGACUUUGACAUCAGAAACGGCUUACUGCCUGUGGUUAGUGUUGGUGUGAACCAGAUGGGGAGACUGAACUUGGGACGCCAAAUGGGCUCUCUGCAGUAUUUCACUGUGUGUGGCCUUCAGGAGGGCUAUGAGCCUUUUGCUGCCAACAUGGCUCGUGAUCCAGCCCUGUGGAUGAGCUGGAGGCAGCCUCAGUUUACCUCAAUACCACCUGAUCAUCACCAUUUACUGGUCACCAGAGUCAGCGGCUCAGCUGACUCCUUAUACAGCAUGAAGGUCUCUCGGCGGUCGUUUGCACACCAUAGUGGAGUCAAUGAGAUGGAAUUUUACCGUCUCAGCAUGUCUGUUGAAUGUGCUUCUAACCUCACGACCCCGUCAGGGUGCGUGCUUGCAAUGGCCAGCAACACUUUCUCUCCAGGAAAGAAAGAGCCGGAGGAAAUGGACUCGGACUUUGAAGCACUGAUGAAAUCAGCCUGCAGCUUCACUGGCUCGAAAGAUGAGCUGAACCAGAAGGAUCAGAGCCAAGAGAAAACAUCAAGACUGAAGCAACGUUUCAUGUUGAAGAAGACUAAACCAGGCCUCUUCAGCAGCAACUCAUCUGCUCGACUUCUGGAAGAUGUCCUAGUUGACAAAGAUCACUGUGAUCAUCUUGUUCAGAGCUCCACAUAUUACUAUUCAGUGAGGGUCCUUCCAGGCCAGGAGCCAUUCAGUGUGUGGGUAGGUUGGGUCACCUCGGAUUUUUGCCAGUAUGACGUGACCUUUGACAUGGAUAAAGUCCACACUGUGACUGUCACUCUGGGAGAUGAUAGUGGCAAAGUCCAGGAAAGUGUGAAACGGUGUAGCUGUUACAUGAUAUGUGCUGGAGAAGCCACGGGUCUGUCUCAGAGUCGCAGAAGUACAGGGCUGGAAAUUGGCUGUUUAAUUGAUGUAGCCACUGGCCUGCUUACUUUCACUUCAAGUGGAGUGGAGAUGGCCACCUUCUACCACGUUGAGGCCAGCACAAGGCUGUUUCCUGCCGUUUUUGUCAAGCCCACUACCAGCAACAUGUUUCAGUUUGAACUGGGCCGCAUUAAGAAUGUGAUGCCACUCUCAGCAGGUUUGCUCCGUAGCCAGAGAAGGAAUGCCACCCCUCAAUGCCCCCCAAGGUUUCAUGUCCAGCAACUCAACUCAAUUUCUUGGAUCAGAGUACCAGACAAUCCAUUAAGGGUGUUGGUAGACCGGCCAGAUGAGCACCAUGGUUGGUGUGUCCAAUGCUGUGAACCUCAGCAAUGUAUGAUUCUUCAGAUUCCAGAUGAAAACAGGUGUGUUGACAUUUUGGAGCUCUCAGAACUUGAAGACCUCUUGACCUUUCAUCAUCACACCCUCCUGCUCUACUGCUCUUUAUGUGCUCUCGGUAACACCAGAGUUUCUCAUGCCCUCUGCAGUCAUGUGGACCAAUCACAGAUGCUUCAUGCAAUUCAGAAUCCUCGUCUUCCUGGCCCACUCCGCUCUGCAUUUUACCAGCUGCUUAUUCAGGUUCAUCUCAGCAGCCAUAUGACAGCAUGUCUCAUAAUGAGCCAGGAAUACAUUGUUCCUUUGACAGACCAGACCAGGAAAAUCAGCCUCUAUCCCAGGGAUUUGAUUAGCGAUAUGGGAAGGAAUCAUCACCCUCUGCACGGCAUUCACCACACAGGACUUAGCACAACCCUGAAACCAAGAAUGGAAUUCUCUACUCCUUAUUUUGUCAGCAAUCACUUGGUGGAUGGAGAUAGUGGAGUUGAAAUAGUCAGUACACCCAGUCCAGAAUUCCCACUGGACAUAUUAAAAAACCUGACUGUGGAGAUGCUGACUGCAGGAGCAUACACUGUGGAUCAGGGAAUGAGAGACCCUGAAGGGGGCAGCAUUGAGCUGCUACUGGUUCCCCUAAUUAGGCUGUUUCAUACCUUACUAGUAAUUGGAGUAUUUGAGGAGGAAGAAAUGGGGAACAUUCUAAAAGUGAUAGAUCCAACUGUUUUCUGCAUGGAAGCUGAAAACUCUGAGGAAAUGAAGCAAAAAGAUGGAAGGAGUGAUUAUGAAGAACAUGGAGAGGCCAGCAAGGAUCACAGUCCUAAACAAGGGCUUCUUCAAAUGAAGCUUCCAGAAGCAGUAAAAUUAGAGCUCUGCCUUUUGCUGUCCUUCCUGUGUGACUGUCAGGUGCGUCACAGGGUAGAAGCUGCGGUGGCCUUCGCUGACACCUUCGUAGGCCAACUGCAGGAGAACCAACGCUGUCGCUACAAUGAGGUCAUGCAGGCACUUAACAUGUCUGCUGCCCUCACAGCCCGCAAGACCAAGGAAUUCCGCUCACCUCCACAGGAGCAGAUCAACAUGCUGCUGAGCUUCAGAGAGGAUGAAGAGCAGGAGCAUUGCCCAUGUCCAGUGGAAAUCAGACAACUCCUGCAAGACUUCCAUCAUCUCCUGAACAGACACUGUGGCAUCGAAUUGGAUAUUGACUCAGAGGAAGAAGAGGAUUUUGAAGUAUCGCUAAAAGAACGACUUCUCUAUCUAUUGAUCCGAGUGACUGGAUGGAAGAGUAAAUCAGCACCUAAGCGUUUUACAACAAAUGAUACACAGAUUUGAUCUGUGCCUUUUUCACUUUCACCUGGUUUGUCUUUAGAAUCCUUCAACAACCUGAUCUCAGAGACAGUGUUGCGAUGGGCUCAAGAGACUGAGAUGCAGCACCCUCAACUGGUUCAGACUAUUUUUUCAUUGCUCCACCGUCAGUAUCAGGGUCUUUCAGGCCAAGGAAGGACCCUCUGCAGAACCUAUACGAUAAACCAGACUUCAGUCGAAGACACUAGGCUCUCUUGUCAUCCUUGGGCAAUUCGUUCCCUCCUGAGUGUUCGUAUGGGCAAAGAAGAGGAAAAGCUAAUAAUCAGAAGACUAAGUGACAUCAUGAACAAUAAAGUUUUCUACCAGCACCCCAACCUAAUGAGGACACUGGGGAUGCAUGAGACAGUGAUGGAGGUGAUGGUCAAUGUCCUAGGAGAAGGCGAGUCAAAGGAGAUUACCUUUCCCAAAACGGUGGCCAGUUGCUGUCGAUUUCUGUGUUAUUUUUGCCGCAUCAGCCAUCACAAUCAGGGGGCAAUGUUUGACAACCUUAGCUACCUGUUGGAAAACAGCAAUGUUGGACUGGUAACGUCUCCGUCCAUGCGUGGGGCCACUCCUCUGGAUGUGGCUGCAGCCUCUGUUAUGGAUAAUAAUGAACUGGCUUUAGUGCUCAGUGAAGCUGACUUAGCAAAGGUGGUUCAGUAUCUUGCUGGCUGUGGUCUGCAGAGCUGCCCACUGUUGGUGGCUAAAGGCUAUCCUGAUAUUGGAUGGAACCCAGUAGAGGGGGAGCGUUACCUGGAUUUCCUGCGUUUUGCUGUCUUCUGCAAUGGUGAGAGUGUCGAGGAGAAUGCUUUCUUGGUGUUGAGGCUGCUGAUUCGCCGGCCUGAGUGUUUUGGCCCUGCCUUGCGCGGUGAUGGGGGAAAUGGGCUCCUAGCAGCCAUGCAUGAAGCCAUCAGUAUCUCAGAGGACCCUUCUGUGGAUGGACCUUCCACCACCAACCGGUCCAUCUUAACACUAGAUGUUGUGCAGGAUAAUGAUGAUGACCUCGUUCACAUGGGACAUGCCAUCAUGACUUUCUAUUCAGCUCUUAUCGACCUGCUGGGACGCUGUGCUCCAGAGAUGCAUCUGAUUCAAGAAGGCAAAGGAGAAGCCAUCCGCAUCAGAGCCAUUCUGAGAUCACUCAUCCCCAUUCGGGACCUUGAGGGGAUCAUUAGCAUCCCUUUUCAAAUCCCUUCACUGUCUAAAGAUGGUGCGGUGCUUGAGCCUGACUUGUCAACAGUGUUUUGUCCAGACCACAAGGCAGCUAUGGUACUAUUCCUGGAUCGUGUUUAUGGCAUUCAAAGCCAGAGUUUUCUUCUCCACCUUCUUGAAAUUGGAUUUCUGCCUGACCUUCAGGCAGCUGUCUCUCUUGACACUGCUGACUUGGGAUCUACGGAUAUGGCCCUGGCCCUUAAUAGAUACUUAUGUACAGCUGUGUUUCCGCUGCUCACCAAACAUUCACCUUUGUUGUGUACUUUGGAAGACCAUGCCUUAGUAGUGGAUGCUCUCAUUCAGGCAAUCUACCGACUCUCCAGGGCUUUGAGCUUGACUAAGGCUCAAAGAGAUACUAUUGAAGAUUGUUUGUUGGCCGUGUGUGGGAAACUCCAAUCAUCUCUGAUGCAGCCUCUACUUCGGUGUCUUGUCUUCGAUGUUCCCCACCUUACAGGUCACAGCAUGAUGCCGUUAAAGCUGUUGAUCAGCCACUACAUGCAGAGGUGGAAGUACUACUCGCUAACCAGGGGGCAGGGGGACCAGGAUUUGGCCUCUGAAGAGGAGCUCUACUUGUCUAGAAAGUUGUUUUGGGGGUUGUUUAAUUCUCUGAGAAAACAGCCUUAUGAGCCAGAGUUGUUUAGACUGGGUGUCCAGUGUUUGGCUGCUGUAGCUGAAGCGCUGCCUCCUGACCACGUGGCCCAAAACUCUGGAUCACAGGUGGACAGAAAAGCUUCAAUGGAUAUCGACGUACACUUUGACCCUCAGCCUCUUGACACCUCCAAUGUAUCUUUGCCGGAGAGACUGGAGGUUUUAAUAAACAAGUAUGCAGAGCAUACUCAUGAAAAGUGGUCCUUGGACAAGUUUUGCAAUGGCUGGGUUUAUGGGGAGCAGCUCUGUGAGAACACAAAGGUUCACCCUCUCCUGAAGCCAUACAGAGCUUUGGCUGAGAAGGACAAGGAAGCUUAUCGCUGGGCCAUUAAAGAGACAUUAAAGAGUAUGCUGGCUUUUGGAUGGGUCAUUGAAAGGACUAAAGAAGGAGAGGCAUUCAGCAUGCAAACCCGCACACGCAGGAUCUCUCAGUCUGGACAGUUAUCCUUUGAAGGAGCAUCAACAUUCAGCCCCAAGCCCGUGGACAUGAGCAACAUCACCUUAUCAUGGGACCAGUGUGCUAUGGCUGAACAGUUGUCUGAACACUACCACAGUGCCUGGGCUAAGAGAAAGAAGAUGGAACUUGAGAGUAAAGGUGGAGGUUGUCAUUCAAUGCUUGUACCUUAUGAUACACUGACUGCCAAGGAGAAGACCAAGUUUAGAGAGAGAGCCCAGGAUGUUCUUAAGUUCCUGCAGCUUAAUGGCUACACAGUGUGGAGGGAUAGGAAGCCUGCAGACACAGACUUUCCAGCUAUAUCCAAUUGCUUUGGUUACACUGUGCUACUGCAGCUGCUGUGUCACACUGAGGAGGUCCAAGAACACAUCCUGGAGCUCGCCAGAGGAAAAAUGUCAAAAGGAAAAGGAACUCAACAUCAGCAGUCUGUGCAUUUUUUUCCAAAGAUUGUUCUUCCUCUGCUGGAAAAAUAUGUUAAGAGCCAUCGCUUGUAUUUUUUGUCCACUUCUCUUCAUUCAAAUGCUAACACAAGCCAUGCAUCAAAAAAAGAAAAGGAGAUGAUCCUCAGCCUCUUUUGUAAACUUACAGCUCUGUUAAGACACAGAACCUCUUUAUUUGGAAAUGAAAUCUCAUCAUUUGUAAAUUGCCUCCAUGUUUUGGCCCUGGCUCUGGAUGUCAGGUCGUUAAUGAAGUUGGCUCCAGAGUGUAUCCGGACAUCUAUGCAGUCAUUCUUAGAGUCAGCUGCAGCUGAUUUGGAGUUGACAGUGGAAAACCUCUCAGUGACUUUGGGCUCUCUGCCACAGAGUAGGACUCAGCAUUCUAGAGAAGUGGCCAAGGUUCUCAGCUAUACAACCUAUAUCCUUCUCCCUACACUCACUUCUCUCUUCCAACAUUUUAACGACCAAAAGUGUGGCAUGGACCUCCUGGUGGGCAGAGGCCAGGUGUCUUGUUACAGGAUCCUCAACAGUCUGUACUCACUUGGUACCAGCAGCACCAUUUACAUGGAAGGGCAGAGAAGAGCAGCAGGUGCCUGUGUGGCAGCCCUGACCGGAGUGUUUCCUGUAUGCUUCCUGGAGCCUGCCUUAAACCAGCACAAUCCUUACUCUGUCUACAACACAAUGAAAGCUCCUGAGAGAGAUGAUCUGGGUCUGGCACAGCAUGUGGAGGACAUGUGUCCUCUCCUUCCAUCUCUCGAACAGGCUCUGGAGGAGGUGGAGGAGUUGGCAGGUGUUGUAACUGGAGCCCACCAGGCUGACUAUAUCCAUAUCACAGAGAUCACUCUGCCCAUGCUCUGCAGCUACGUGUCCCACCGGAUUCACUGUGGUCCUGAUGGUCAGCCAGACACCCCAGUGUGCACCUCUGUCAUACCUCAGCAUGCUAGUGACCUGCUUGGACACAUCCUUUGCAUCAUCCACAACCAUGUGAGCGCCAGCCAGUGCCCGUGGUUGAAAGAUCUGGCAGUUUUUUCUCAGCCAAUCAUUUGCACAGCACACAGUGGACUGUUAAAGAGCCACUUCCUCCCGCUGAUGGAGAAGCUGAGGAAAAGGGCUGAAUGUGUGCUGCUGCAGGAGGAGCAGGUGAAGCUGGAAGGUUGUUUCACAUGUGACACAGAGCUGCAGAUACAGGAGAAGUUCACUGUCAUGGUGCGAGAUCUUUAUGCCUUCUACACCAUUCUCAUCCCCUUUGUGGAUGCUAAUCUAGUCAGCUGGCUGAAGGAGUCGAGCCCUGAAGCUGAACAGCUGUUCACGAUGGUGGCAGAGGUCUUUAUAUUCUGGGCCAAAUCUCAUAAUUUCAAAUGGGAGGAGCAGAAUUAUGUUGUGCAAAAUGAAAUCAACAAUCUGGCUUUCUUAGUCAACAGUGAUGAACUGUUCAAGGUCAGCUUAUAUUCAUGCACUAAAUGAUAAAUGCAUGCAUUGCUACUUUUUGACCAUAAGAAGAGCAUGAUAAAGAAGAAAGGGGAUCGGUAUUCCACGCGCACAUCUCUCAUCGUGACUUCCAUAAAGAGACUUCUCCCUGUGGGACUCAGCCUUUGUUUUCCCAGACACCAGAGCCUGAUUGUGUUGGCAAAGAACUGCUUUGCUGAGGAAAACACAGAGCACGAAGUGCGGGAGUGUGUGGUUCAGUGUCUGUUGCAGCUUCAGAACAAGGUAAAGACAAAUGCUGUACAGGCCGCAAACAGUUUGCACCUUGAAUCCCAUCCAAUCCACCUCGAUGCCACUGCUGAUCCUAAGCAGACUGUAAACAGGAUUCUGGAAAUCGCACGAGUGCUUUAUCACUUAGACCAGGUGGGUCACAAGCAUUCAAUGUUGGUGGAACACCCACGGAGAAGCAAAAAGGCUGUGUGGUGUAAACUCUUAUCUAAACAGAGGAAACGGGCGGUGGUGGCCUGCCUAAGGAUGGCUCCCCUCUACAACUUAUCCAGGCACAGAGCUGUCAAUCUCUUCCUCCAAUGCUACAAUAAAUCCUGGAUAUCAACUGAGGACCACAGCUUUGAGGAGAAGCUUGUGGAAAUUUAGCUCAUGGCAGCAACAGAGAGGAAGAAAAAGGAAAUCGUAGAAGGUGCCAAACCAAUCGAUCCCCUCUACAAACUCAUUACACUCUUCAGUCGAAGUGCUCUGAAGGAAAGAUGUAAGCUUCAAAAUGACAGCUUCUAUAACGCCUAUUCUGCAAUUAUGGCCAAGAGCUGCCACAGAGAGGAGGACGACAAUGAAAAAGAGGAGAUGGAAAGCUUUGAAGAGAAAGAGAUGGAGAAACAUAAACUGCUGUACCAACAGGCCAGGCUGCAUCAUCGCGGAGCCUCUGAGAUGGUUCUGCAAACUAUUAGCGCCUGCAAAGGGACAAUGGGCACCAUGAUUGCCCCCACACUCAAGUUGGGUAUUGCUCUUCUGAAUGGAGGGAACACCACAGUUCAACAGAAAAUGCUGAAUUAUCUGAGACAGAAGCGAGACGUUGGCUUCUUUCAGAGCAUGGCUGGUCUUAUGCAGUCAUGCAGUGUUUUGAAUUUGAAUGCAUUUGAGAGGCAGAACAAAGCAGAAGGAUUAGGGGAGGCCAUGAACAAGAGCUCAGGAGAGAUGGUGAUGCCUGACAAAGACCUGACCUGUGACCUAUUCCGGUUCCUACAGCUGCUCUGUGAAGGACAUAAUUUAGAGUUCCAGAACUACUUGAGAACACAAACAGGCAACAACACCACGGUCAACAUUGUUAUAUGCACUGUGGACUAUUUGCUGAGAGUGCAGGAGUCAAUCAGUGACUUCUACUGGUACUACUCAGGGAAGGAUAUAAUUGAUGUACAUGGCCAACAGAACUUCUCCAAAGCCAUCAAAGUAGCGAAGCAGGUGUUCAACACACUCACCGAGUACAUUCAGGGGCCAUGUACUGGAAACCAACAGAGCCUGGCACACAGUCGCCUGUGGGAUGCAGUUGUUGGAUUCCUCCAUGUUUUUGCACACAUGCAAAUGAAGCUCUCUCAGGAUUCAGGACAAAUGCAGCUUCUGAAGGAACUCAUGGAUUUACAAAAGGACAUGGUGGUCUUUUUGCUUUCCAUGUUAGAAGGCAGUAUUGUCAAUGGAACCAUUGGAAAGCAGAUGGUGGAUAUGUUGGUGGAAUCAUCAGGAAAUGUGGAGAUGAUUCUCAGGUUCUUUGAUAUGUUUCUCAAACUUAAAGACCUCGUCUCCUCUGAUGCCUUCAGAGAGUUUGACAGCGAUUGCACGGGCUGUGUCUCCAAAAAGGACUUUCAAAGGGCUAUGGAGAACUGCAAGCGUUUCUCCCAAACUGAAACUCACUUCAUUCUCUCCUGCUCUGAGACAGACAAAAAUGAAAUCUUGGAUUAUAAAGCUUUUGUGGAACGCUUUCAUGAGCCAGCUAAAGACAUUGGCUUCAGCUUUGCGGUUCUGCUCACCAAUUUGUCAGAACACAUGCCUAAUGAUUCAAGACUGCUGACAUUCUUGGAACUUGCAGAAUGUGUCUUGACUUACUUUGAGCCCUCUCUAGGACGCAUUGAGAUCCAAGGAAGUGGGAAACGCAUUGAACGUAUCUACUUUGAGAUUAGUGAAUCGAGUCGUGCACAGUGGAAGAAGCCGCAAGUCAAAGAAUCCAAGAGACAGUUCAUUUUUGAUGUCGUGAAUGAGGGUGGGGAGAAGGAGAAAAUGGAAAUGUUUGUCAAUUUCUGUGAGGACACCAUCUUUGAGAUGCAGCUUGCUGCUGAGAUUUCUGACUCUGGUGAGAGGAAUGCUGAGAAAAGGCCAGAGGAAAACAAUAGAAGUGGAGAUGAAGGAAUGCUUUCCGUACAUCAUUGGUUAUUUUUGCUGGUAACUCUGAUUUCUGUUGGAAACCUGAUGAAGUUGACUCUGAAGGAGAUCCUCCUGACAUCUGUGUUAGUCCUCAAGUUCAUUUUUGCAGCUCUGGCGCGGUGGAUUCGUGUUGCUUUUUGUACCAUCCUGUGUGUGCUGUACCAUGUCUUUGUUAGCGGUGUGCUCAUUGAGGGGGCCAAAAGAAUCAGGAUAUCAGAUUUGCUCGAUGGAAUUCUUGAGCCAACACUCGACGAAGUCAUGGAGGUGCCAAGUAAUGAAGACCUGCUGAAAUGUUCUGUCAGUGUCUCUUCCCAGAGAGAAAUGAGGGAGCUUGGUCAGGUGGCAGGUUUGACUUCUCUGAGGGAAGUGGACAUACUGACAGACAUAUUUGGUCUUCAAGUGAAGAAGGAAGGAGGUCAGUACAGACUUGUACCACAAGACCUCACAGCCAGUUUGAGCGACCUGAUCGACACAACCACUGGAACAGCGACCAUGACCGAUGUUUCUGAGGAACACCACACAGCGCAGUUUGAAGGUCACAUCACAGGAGAGUCAACAACAGAAGAUGAGAACACCGCUGAAUUACAUAAACCAAAAGUGGACAACAAAACAGAAACAAGUUGGAGAGCCAAGAGAUGCUUUCAUAAGUUGGAGAAACGAGAACGAACACUUUCUGCCCUUUGGACGAUGAUAACCACUCAUAAAAGGUUUCUGCUGAAUUAUUUUGCCAGGAAUUUUUAUAAUAUGCGCUUGCUGGCUUUGUUCGUUGCCUUCGCAAUCAACUUAAUUCUUCUCUUCUACAAGGUAUCAUCCCUACCUGCAUCAGAAGAACGAGCAGCCAAAUCUGUGCACAGUGAUGACAAGGAGCCUGUUGAUGAGGAUCACACUCAGGCCAGAGUUCGCUUUGUUCUGCAGGAGAGCAGCGGCUGCAUGGAAGCAUCUCUGCACUUCUUGGCUGUGGCACACACUCUCGUCUCUUUCUGUUGUAUUAUUGGUUACUAUUGUCUCAAGGUACCACUGGUCAUCUUCAAACGUGAGAAGGAAGUGGCCCGGAGGCUGGAGUUUGAUGGGCUGUAUGUGACAGGGAAGCCCCUCGAGGAAGACGUCAAAGGCCAAUGGGACAGACUAGUCAUUAACACACCAUCAUUUCCAAGUAAUUACUGGGAUAAAUUUGUGAAGAGGAAGGUGAUGGAUAAGUACAGCGAAUUUUACGGCUGUGAGAAAAUCUGUGAUCUGCUCGGUCUUGACCAGGCUGCUUUAGACUUCAGCUCUCAGACAAAACAAAAGAAGCGACCGAAGAGAGACACAGUCUGGACGGGCCUAUUGAACUCUACUGAUGUGAAAUACCAGGUCUGGAAACUAGGAGUAGUAUUCACUGAUAAUUCCUUCUUGUAUUUGGCCUGCUACAUGGUCAUGUCUAUUUUGGGUCAUUACAACAACUUCUUCUUUGCUGCUCAUCUUUUGGAUGUCGCCAUGGGCUUUAAGACACUUCGCACCAUCCUUUCAUCUGUCACACACAAUGGAAAACAGCUGGUCCUGACGGUGGGUCUUCUGGCGGUUGUGGUGUAUCUCUACACUGUUGUUGCGUUCAACUUCUUCAGGAAGUUUUACAAGAGUGAUACCAAUGACAGCCAAGGCAUGAAGUGCAAUGACAUGCUGACGUGCUACAUGUUCCACAUGUACGUGGGAGUCCGUGCAGGUGGAGGCAUAGGUGAUGAAAUCGAGGACCCAGCAGGAGAUGAGUUUGAGGUGGAACGCAUCGUGUUCGACAUCACCUUCUUCUUCUUCGUCAUCGUCAUCCUUCUGGCCAUCAUCCAGGGCUUGAUAAUUGACGCAUUUGGGGAGCUUCGCGACCAGCAAGAGCAAGUGAAGCAGGAUAUGGAGACCAAAUGUUUUAUGUGUGGGAUUGGAAACGAAUACUUUGAUACAGUCCCUCAUGGUUUCGAGACUCACGCUCUCCAAGAGCACAACCUGGCCAACUACCUAUUUUUCCUGAUGUACCUCAUCAACAAGGAUGAAACUGAACACACGGGACAGGAAUCCUAUGUGUGGAAAAUGUACCAGGAGCGUUGUUGGGAAUUCUUUCCUGUGGGAGACUGUUUCCGUAAGCAGCACGAGGAACAACUGGGAUAAAGAAAAAUCUGAUCAUGCAGAUGUCGUCUUGACCAAUGUCCUCGGACUCCCUGAAUUAACUUGAAUCUUGUGUGUGCUCAAUUAACUCUGAAUUUCGGAGUCAUUUCUCCUCAUUUAUACAGGAUAAAUACUACCACACUGAUAACCACAUUUUUCUUCAUUUGCAUUUAUUAACAAACUUCAUAACAAAAGGAUGAGAACAGCUUUCCGAACUGUUUAAGUUCAGAUGCCAAAGUAAGACACUGUUUGUUUUGGGUUUCCUUUCGGCAGGAUAUGACUCAUUUCGUUUUGUUUUUCUAGUCCUCCAGCAAACAUAUUCCAAGUAACAUGAGUUUUGUGUUUUAUGCAUCAUUAUCUCAUGCAGUCAAGACCGGCAGUCAAAAGAUGUUAGAAAUUCAGUUCCACAUGACUUUCCAGGCUGGAUUUGUCACUGUACAGCUUUUUUUGUUUUGUUUUGUUUUUUUGCAGUGCAGUGAUUUCUCUUUCCAAUCACAGCCCCCCCCCCCGUAACAUCCCAAUAAACACUCUCCCUCUGGCAUCUCUUCUUUUUUGCCUCCUCUUCUGUUCUUCUGUUCUUCCACUUCUUGUUUGUGCUUCUCUGUCUCCAGGAUGCUUCUUCUAACCUGAUUGCAUGACUUUUCUUAGUUCUUUAAUUUUCACUCACUGUGUAGUUACGGACUGCUGGACGUGGUCAUGAAACAGUGUUUGUGAUGUCCACAGAUGUGAGCAUGUUGGCUAACUUUCACUGUGUGUGUCUGCACGUAUUAAUAGAACCAAGCAGCAUGAUGAGUGGCGUGGCAGUGAACAGGGGCUGAUUUUAUCCUCAAUAUGCAAAACGUCCAACACUGUGCUUCAACAGCCCAACGAGUGAACCAGUAU